CUUCAAACGGAAGUGACUUUAGUCAGCGGAAAUUCCCACGAGGUGUAACAUCUGUGUAAAGCCAUAACAAACUCUCCGAGAAGACUGUUCGUGUGUAUUUUACUUAUAUAAACAUACGAAAUAAUAUUAACUGCAUUGAUAUGCAUUAGUAUAACAAACAGAUUUAAUGCUGGAUUUGCUUUUACACGAGUAGAUCAAAUAUAUGUUGAAACAUUAAAGCGCUGGAGUAAAUUGUGCAUGCACCUCUAUCUCGUUUAUUACAGUAAAACAUCGAGAACGCGAGUGGAGUUUCCCUUUAGUUUCAUUUUAUCAACAAAGAAACAACUGAUGAUCAGUCCUAAAUGUGGACAAACGAGUCUGUCGAAAUGUGCUGGUGGUUUUUAACCCGACAAAACGAUAUGUAGAUUGAGAGCAGAGUGAAGAUGAAUGUGAUGUUGUCGCUUCGGAUUGUUUAUAAAUGCGGAACAACAUCGUAAUAACAACUUCAUAAACAGAAGGAAGGGCGUAGUUUAAAGUCCAACAGAUCAUGUGAGUUGGAUCAUGGCACUCUCAGCCCUGCCGUUUGAAGGAUUUAGAUCCCAAAGGUCGAAUGUACAAACAGAGGGGCAGGACGUUGAGGAUGAGUUUACCUGCUCAUGUGUGUUGAGGGGGGCGUUGCUGGCCCUGCAGCCCACUGUUGAGCGGGUGUUUGGGGUGAUACUGAGUAUCGGAGGGAAGGAUGCUGUCUCGCCGCAGGAUGGACAGAUCUGGCUGCGCUUGCGUGGGAUCGCCAGGGAUGUGAAGGCAGCGAAGCUUUUUGUGAAAGGUGUCGUCAAUCAGGAAGCUCAACAAGAGUUCCAGUUUCCAGAGGUCCUUCUCUGUGUGUUCUGUGGUGCUAAAGGGCUGUUUAUGGAUUGCCUGAUUAAAAAUACCUCAGCGCAUAUUGUGGUUGGAUCUCAAGGUUGCCUCCUCAUCACUGGACUGGCAGAACCUGUGGUAAAAGCAUACUCGUACAUUACAGACCUAAUAGAGAAGUACAAUAGUAGCCAGAGACGAUGUCCUGAGGGUGGUCUUGGAACAGCAGGCGAGUCUCUGGAUUCACGUCGGGCAUUCAAUUCCAUGGUUGAGAGCCUAGAGGACCGUCACACCCUAGACCUGCUAGUGUUACCUGUGAUGGUAAAAGUAGCUCUGUUGGGUUUGGUGAAGCAGUCUGGAUUGGACAGAGGUAGGGGGCUGGAGACCAAGAGGAGCCAGGAAACACUCAAACCAUUAGAAAGUAAUGAAUCUUGGGCAGUGCAGAGGACUAUAGAUGAAAUUAUGUUCAGGGAGUCUGAAGAACUUGGACCAAAUAAAAAUAGAGAGAGCUUGCUUAUCCAAGACAGACCAAAUAUGAUGUCAAAGAAGCCACAUUCCCAGUACUCAGGUGUCUUUCCACAAUCUGGAUAUCAUAGAGUUAAUAGCACAGAUGAUAUUGCAAGGAUGACAACUGACAUCAGUGAAUCCCACAAUCCAUUAUCCAACAGUUCCAUCCCUGUUUUAACACAUAGAACUCACCCAGAGAGCCCAGAGGUACAACAACGAGGUUCACCACAAGAAGUGGAAUCUGAAAUGCCUCCGCAGGAGACUGUCCUGUUAUCUGCAGGGAGUAGAGAGGAAUUUGAGCACCUUCUCAAGUUCUUUACUGCCAUGGGCUUUACCGGGGAGGUGGUAAAGAAGGUCCUGGCCCAUACUGGCCCAAAAGAAGCCUCUCAGAUUCUGGAUUUGAUCCAGCAAGAGCAAGAUAAAACAGAUCAACAAAGAGACAACUGUAACACCAAGACCCAGAAUAAAGACAAUGUGGCUGAGAAUAGAGCCAUGAUCAGUGCAGGACUGAAUGAGGCUGUGGAAAUUUUAGAAGCCAGAAAAGGAGAACCAGAAGCCAAAUGGGACGACUUUGUCUUGGGUGUGUUGAAAAAGGCUGCAGCCACCUGUGGGUAUACACAGGAAAGAGUAGAGGAAGUGUACAGCAAUUUACCAGAGCUGAACCCACAUGAGCUGCUACUAGAAUUGCAGAGGCAAGAAAUAGAGUCCGGCAGGAGGAAAGACAGCAAUACAAGAGCUGAUCAGAAGAUUGGGAGGAAUUCAGAGGAAGAAAUGGGAAAGCUUGAAACUGGGGGAGGAAAUGCCAGAACAGAAGCAAGAACAAAAGGUAUAGUCACACAACCAGACACGUCAAAACGGACAAGCAUUGCACUAGAGUCACCCACAACAUCCCAAAAUCAGCCACCACUUCACAGCAACCCUCUGUCGGUGAGAGGUCCACCACAGACAACCUACCCUUCAAAAGUGACCCUUGAAACCUUGGACUUACCUAACAUCAACCCCAGCUUACAACUCAUGGAUCCGCACCUCCAUUCUGGAAGUUCACAUCCACAGAGUGUCCCUCAGAACCAUCAUCUCAGUUUCUCAAAAGUACCAAACAUCUCCACCCUUCAAAAGUAUGAAAACCAGCCCAAGCAGAGGCAGGGCAAACCAGCCACAGCAUCUGUGGUUACUGGACCUCAAAGGUUUCUUGAGGGCCUCAAGACGCCCUUCAAACUACAGUUGUCAGAUGACCCUGGUAACUCAAUGCUGCGUCAGAUCAUCAUUGAUGGGAGCAACGUUGCUAUGAGCCAUGGUUUGGGUUUUUUUUUCUCUUGCCGAGGCAUCGCUCUGGCUGUGCAGCACUUCUGGGGGAGGGGUCAUCGCAAAAUCACUGUGUUCGUCCCUCAGUGGAGACAAAAGAAAGAUCAGAAGAUUAAAGAGCAGCAGUAUCUGACUCAACUGCAGGACCUGGGUUUACUCUCAUUUACUCCCUCCAGAGAGGUGGAGGGUAAGAGAAUCAACUCUUAUGACGACAGAUUCAUGCUCGCAUUGGCUCAGAAGACGAAUGGAGUGAUUGUGACGAAUGACAACCUGAGAGAUCUGGUGGACGAGUCGCCUGCAUGGAGAGACAUCAUAAAGAAAAGUUUGCUACAGUACGUGUUUGCCGGAGAUCUUUUCAUGUUACCUGACGAUCCGAUGGGCCGCGGUGGACCGCACCUGAAUGACUUCUUACAAACGCAGAACAGUUCAACUAUUCCAGGAAGUCACUCAUUUGCGGGCGUGUCAUCGUCCAUUUCUUCGCCAUCUCCAGACCCUCAGGCCCACACUGAAGUCCUGCAGUGCCGAGACUGGACACCAGGGGGUCAACAUCACAGCAGAGGUCAAGGGUCAAUCAGAGAUGAGGGGCAGGGUCAAGGUCAGGAGGGCCAGGAAAGAACAGUCGAAGAGACGCUGAAGUUGCAACAGAGUUUGGUCCAGAUCUUUCCAGACCAGGAAAGCAUCAUUAUCAUGAUUCUACAGUGUCACCCAACAAUCAGAGACAUCAACCAACUCACAGACUUCAUACUGGAACAACAAUAAUAAACAGAGACCAGAAGAGACAUUUUAUGAAUUGUGUUCAGUCAUAUAGUGUUUAAACUAAAAGAAAAACCCUUAAUUUGUUUGUUUUGUUUCUAAAACUAUUGUACUUCCAUAUUGCUCCACUUUUAAUUCCCAUAUAGCCAUUUAAUCUUAUAAUGUGUUUUAAAUUUGAAACUUAAUUUAUAUAUUUUUUGAGUAACUCUAAUAUGCUUGAAUUGACUGUUAUGACUCAUUUUGUUAUACUAGUGGUGGUAAUUUUGAUUAAUCUACUGUCAGUGACUCAAGUCUUUUCAAUCUGUUCAACAAAAAGAUUAGUUCAGAUUCGACCAUUGACCAUUUCUGCAAAUUACGCCUUUGCGCCAAAUGAUCGUCUUUUACAUUUUGAAUACUGUAAAGCCUAAUGUUGUCAUUACUUAAAAAAUCAAGUUGUGUCUUAAUUAAACAUUGCUUGAAAUGUCAA